GGAGCAGCGCGUCCCUGCGCCGCACGUGGACGAGCCUGGUCGCCGCGGGGCGAGUCCAGCCGAGCUUUGCGGCCCCCGGCACGGCCGAGGGGGUGCCUAUGUCUGGCCGCCCUUGCCGCUGGCUCCUCCGAGGGACUCUCGCCGCGGCUGCCCUGCUGCGCCCGGAGCGGCGCGCCCGCCCUCUCGCCGCCGUGCGGCCCGCCGCGCGCUCGCGCUCUCCGGUCCCGGGUUUUCUUGGAGCCUUAAAAAUGGAGAUUACAGAAAUGACUGGUGUGUCGCUGAAACGUGGAUCCCUCGCUGUUGAAGAUAAUGACAGUCUGGCCCCAGCUGAGGAGGCAAAAAGACAGAAGGUCUCGGAAGGCUGGCUAACCAAAGGUCAGGAUGGGAUGGAAAAUAACUCUCCACCCCGCUGUGAAAAUGUGCCUGCGCUACCUGAAGCUGUAAGUGCUGGAAAGAGUAAAAGAAAUUCUGAUGCCCGGCUGCAAGAAGAGGAAGAGGAGGAGGAAGAUGGCCUUUCAGAGGAGGGUGAGGAGGAAGAGGAAGCUGAGAGUUUUGCAGACAUGAUGAAGCAUGGACUCACUGAACUUGAUGUAGGCAUCACCAAGUUUGUAAGUUCUCAUCAAGGAUUCUCAGGAAUCUUAAAAGAAAGUUUGUGUUUUCUUUUCGUCAGAUACUCUGACUUUGUUGUCCACGAAAUAGGAAAAGAUGGGCGCAUCAGCCAUUUGAAUGACUUGUCCGUCCCCGUGGAUGAGGAGGAUCCUCCAGAAGACCUAUUUACAGUUUUGACAGCUGAGGAAAAGCAGCGUUUAGAAGAGCUUCAGCUUUUUAAAAAUAAGGAAACCAGUGUUGCCAUUGAGGUUGUUGAGGACACCAAAGAGAAAAGAACUGUCAUCCAUCAAGCAAUUAAGUCUCUGUUUCCAGGACUAGAGACAAAAACAGAGGACAGAGAGGGGAAGAAAUAUAUUGUAGCCUACCAUGCCGCUGGGAAGAAGGCUCUGGCAAAUCCAAGAAAACAUUCUUGGCCAAAAUCUAGGGGAAGCUACUGCCACUUUGUACUGUACAAGGAGAACAAAGACACCAUGGAUGCUAUUAAUGUGCUGUCCAAAUACUUAAGAGUCAAGCCAAACAUAUUCUCCUACAUGGGGACCAAAGAUAAACGGGCCAUUACUGUCCAAGAGAUUGCUGUUCUCAAAAUUACUGCACAAAGACUUGCCCACUUGAACAAGUGCUUGAUGAACUUUAAGCUAGGGAAUUUCAGCUAUCAAAAAAACCCACUGAAAUUGGGAGAGCUUCAAGGGAAUCACUUCACUGUUGUUCUCAGAAAUAUAACAGGAACUGAUGACCAAGUAGAACAAGCCAUGAACUCUCUCAAGGAGAUUGGUUUUAUUAACUACUACGGAAUGCAAAGGUUUGGAACUACAGCCGUCCCCACAUAUCAAGUUGGAAGAGCUAUACUACAAAAUUCUUGGGCUGAAGUCAUGGAUUUAAUAUUGAAACCCCGUUCUGGAGCCGAAAAGGGGUACUUGGUUAAAUGCAGGGAAGAAUGGGCGAAGACCAGAGACCCGGCUGCUGCCCUCAGAAAGCUACCUGUCAAAAGGUGUGUGGAAGGGCAGCUGCUUCGAGGACUUUCAAAGUAUGGAAUGAAGAAUAUAGUCUCUGCAUUUGGCAUAAUACCUAGAAAUAACCGCUUAAUGUAUAUUCAUAGCUACCAAAGCUAUGUGUGGAAUAACAUGGUGAGCAAGAGAAUAGAAGAGUACGGACUGACACCUGUUCCAGGGGACCUAGUUCUCAAAGGAGCCACAGCCACCUACAUCGAGGAAGAAGAUGUUAAUAAUUACUCCAUCCAUGAUGUGGUAAUGCCCUUGCCUGGUUUUGAGGUUAUCUACCCAAAGCAUAAAAUUAGUGAUGCCUACAGGGAAAUGCUCACAGCAGAUAAUCUUGAUAUCGACAACAUGAGACACAAAAUCCGAGAUUAUUCUCUAUCAGGGGCCUACCGAAAGAUCAUUAUUCGUCCUCAGAACGUCAGCUGGGAAGUUGUUGCAUACGAUGACCCUAAAAUUCCACUCUUCAACACAGAUGUGGACAAUCUAGAAGGGAAACCACCACCAGUUUUUGCUUCUGAAGGCAAAUACAGAGCUCUGAAGAUGGAUUUUUCUCUUCCUCCUUCCACCUACGCUACCAUGGCCAUUCGUGAAGUGCUAAAAAUGGACACCAGCAUCAAGAACCAGACCCAGCUGAACACCACCUGGCUCCGCUGAGCCCUUUGUCCCCAGAUCAGAAAAUGCAGACAAGUGUUUGCUAGCCUCCUGUUCAUCUUUCUCUUAGUACAGACUUAUAGUGGAUUUUGGAUCUUUGUAGCAAAAGAUUAUUUGUAUUUUUUCAAGUUUUUAUUAGCUUAAUUUGCAAUAUUUAUACACAUAUACAAAUCCUGAGGAUCCUUAGUCUAGUUUAGAGAAUAUAAAUGGGUUACAGUGUAUUUCAGGUGCUUAAGUCAUAGUAAGUAAAAUAUACUGGCUUCGCUGGCUUUAUAAUAAUUAAAAAGGACUUCAGUUUAAAGUGGCAGUUUUAGCUUUUGCUCCUUUUUUUUUUCUUUUUCUUUUUUUAAUCACCCAAAUGAUGUAUUUUAAUGAUUUUAUAGAGUGGAAGGAAGACAGAGAGAAAAACAUCAUCAAUGAGAGAGAGAGA